AUGGGCUUCGACGAUGUCUCCAGUGGUCAAGACUCCAACAAAAUCAUGGAGUCUGACGGCCAGAAGAAUGCCUACGACGCCCCACCGCCAUUCGAGAAGGAUAUGCUCGGCGAGAUGAGCGAGGUGGAGCGCCACGGCAUCAAGAAGUUCAGUCGUCUCGGCUGGAAACGACUCACCGUGGUUCUCAUCGUCGAGGCCAUUGCCCUCGGAAGUCUGUCGAUUCCCUCGACGUUUGCCGCCCUGGGGAUGGUGGCUGGUGUGAUUUCUUGUGUCGGUCUUGGUCUGGUGGCCAUCUAUACUAGUUAUAUCGUCGGCCAGGUGAAGCUGGCUUUCCCAGAGGUUGCCAACUACGCCGAUGCAGGUCGUCUGAUGUGGGGUCGCUUCGGCUAUGAACUCAUCAAUCUGAUGCUCGCGUUGCAGUUGAUCUUCUUAACGGGAUCUCACUGUCUCACCGGAACCAUUGCCUUCCAGAACAUUACCGAAAGUGGCAUCUGCUCGGUCAUCUUUGGCGUGGUGUCCGCCAUCAUCCUGCUUUUGCUGGCUAUCCCGCCUAGUUUCACCGAGGUCGCUAUUCUCGGCUACGUGGAUUUUGUAUCGAUCGUGUUCGCUAUUGGUAUCACGAUCAUCGGCACCGGAGUCCAGGCGACGAACGCUCCCGGUGGCCUCGCUGCUGUGAACUGGUCUGCUUGGCCCAAGCCUGACUUGACCUUUACCGAAGCGUUCAUUGCGAUUUCCAACAUCAUUUUCGCCUACAGUUUCGCCAUGUGCCAGUUCUCCUUCAUGGAUGAGAUGCACACCCCCGCGAUUUCGUCAAGUCGAUCUGGACACUGGGAUGUGAAGAGCCCGGCGCUCCUCUCCGCAGGCGGUACCCUGAGUCGAGUGGCCUUUGGCGUGGCCCUUCCCGUGAUCUUUAUCAGUGGAUCGAUCAACACGGUGGUCUUUGGGCGCUUGAUUCACGGUCGCAUCUUUGCCAACUCCCCAAUCCGGUUCAUCAACACCAAGAUGGGCUGGCUCACGUGGCUGGGUGUCAUUACCGCAGCCACCAUCAUCGCCUUCAUCAUCGCGGAGGUGAUUCCAUUCUUCAGUGAUUUGCUUUCGAUCUCGUCUGCCUUGUUCAUCUCGGGUUUCAGCUUCUACUUCCCCUCGCUGAUGUGGUUCCUUCUCAUCCGCAAGGGCAGCUGGACGGAGCCCCGGAAUCUGAUCCUGACCAUCAUCAACGGCUUUAUUCUGGUGAUUGGCCUGAUCAUUCUGGUGGCCGGUACUUACUCGAGUAUCGAUGAUAUUAUCAUCAACUACAGGACUGGCUCCGUGCGUGGCGUCUUCACAUGUGCUCCCUUGGAGUAG